UUAACCGACGUCCUUCCAAUUAGUAUUUUUCAUACUACUGAAAUGCUAUAAUUUGAAUUAGCUAUAUUGAGUUAUUUAGUCAUGAAGAUAAGAUAAAGCGAAGUAACUAGGUAUGUGCUGGGCCUUCUGAUAACACGUUCGACGUAAUUGACUCCUGUCAAUACUUGAGGACGACAUGCUCUCUUAUGCGGUUAUACCUAAGUGUUCAUAUAGUUCAGAAUAUAUAGGCAUAUGUUGCUGAUACUGUUUGCAAAGUGUUGUGAAAAUGACCGUAUUGUAACAGUGUUUGUAUAAGUGCAGUUAAAUAUAGUGCAUUUCUAAUUAAGGAUAUUCCAUGAUGACAAUUAUACAUAGAGGAAAAUGCGGGCAGAAAUAUUAUUAAAAUGGAUAUUAAAAGACGAAUAGAGGUUUCGACGUGGAAUUUGCCGCUUUUGGUUUCCGUUGUCUUCUUGAAUGUUUGUCUACCGAGUCUUGUAUACACGUAUGGGGUGCUACUGGUAAACUCAGCAAAUUUCGGGGUUCCAAUAUGGAUGGGACUUUCAACACCCACUAUCUCAUUAUUAACAUAUAGCUUAACACAAUGUUGGUGCAGAGAUGCCGCAGACUCUUGGGGUGGUACAGUGGGGUACCGUAUCAUGGCAUCCAUAGGGUUGAUGUUGGUAGUACUUAGCUUAUUAAUAUGUGCCUUCAUACCGUACAACUUGCACCCCUACAUCUACGGAAUAUGUGGUGGUUUUGGAUCAUCCUUGUUGUCAGCUCAAGUGGACGCAGUCAUUUUUGAUACAUACGAUAUUAACUUAGGAACAAUUCGAGGCCUAUGUUUCGCUGGACAGGCGAUUGGACUAUCAAUAUUUCCACAUAUAGUAACAUUUUUCAUAGACUGCUAUGGAUAUUCAUAUUCAUAUAUAGUGCUGGGUGGAAUAAUACUUCAAACAUUACCAGCUAUCAUGAUGUUGAAAAUUGAUGAAACCAUCAGAAAAAGACCUGCUUCGUAUAUUGACAAAACUUAUGCUAUUUUUAAUAACGAAGUAAUCGUAAAUGGUUAUACAAAUGAAUUGCAACUACAUGAUUUAGGAAAAAAAUGUUGGAAAAGUCCUUCUGACGAUAAUCUACACCGAGAAGCUACUAUAUCUGAUCUAAGCGCUGAUACUUCUGAAUAUGAUCAGGAUAAUAAUAGCACCAUAACACCACCUCCAAGUCCCGAGGAAAAGAGAAGAAAUAUAUUUGGUGUGGAAAUUCUUCCAGAAAUACCAGAAGAAAGUGAGGAUAGUGAUGAUAACGAGGGGAACGUAAAUGAUAAAAAUAAAAGCAAUUUAAAUAAAAAACGAUUUAGCAAUGUUAUAAAAAGACUGAGCACUAUAGGUGAUAGCUUUGAUGAAUAUAUAAUGAAACAAGCCAAAAGAGAUUCACAAGCUGAUAGAGAUAGUAUAAGUAGAGAGUAUACUGAAAUAGAAGUGACAUAUGACAAUAUAUCACCAGUAACAGAUAUACAAACAGAAAAAGUAUUUAAUUCCUUUAAUUUCCGAUGUCAGGCUGCGUAUACUAGUUUUCGUAGAAGAAUGCGAAUGCCGUCAUAUAGAAUAUAUAGGUUAAAACGUAGGUUAGCCUAUAUCACAUCUAGUAUAAAUGAUACUUUCUUUAAACCAUUGACAAGAUCUUUAUCAUGCUGGCGUUUUUAUCUAGCUCUUAUUCUAUGUUUUUACAAAUUGAGUUUAUCAGCAAUAGCCUUACUGCUCAUGCCAGUGGUUGCAUCUCAAGUAAACCCAAAAAUAUCUAUGACAGACAUAAACUUAUUAUUUUCUCUGCAUGGUUUCACAUGGAUAUGUUUUCUGUUAUGCACGCCUUGGCUAACACAAACGCCAAAAAGAAAUUUCAAAUAUGUUACAGUAAUUGGAUUAAUUAUAUCAACCGGAGGAUGCUUUUUACUAGCAGCAGCGGACAACCACGAUUUAUUGUCAAUAGCAUGCGUCAUCGGUGGUUUUGGAUAUGGCGCCAUUACUUCAUGUUGGGAAACUACUGUUCAAGACUUCGUAGGGUUGCGGAAAUGGCCGAAAAUUCAUAGUACGAUGGAAACCCUUUCUGGCAUCCUUCUUUUUGUAUUUUGUCUAUGCAUAUUGUUUUUAGUAGAUCAAGAAAAUGGACCAAAGAGUGCCUUAUUAAUUUUAAGUGUAGUUUUGGCUGGAAUUACUGUCAUUUGGACAAUAUUAGCUGCGGUGUCUCUGUAUAUGACAAAAGUUCGAUCUCUAUGGCCCGGAACCCGGUGUAUGUUUUAAUAGCCUUAUUUAAAUAAACUG